ACCGCUGUUUAGCUUGCAUACGGGCAGGAAAAACCUGCGUCCUUAGGCGGACGAACAAUGGGCGAUGCUAAUCUAGAGAGCAGCGCGAACAUGCGCCUGCUAUUGCGCCUUCUUUUGUAGCAUCUGUUCACAGAACAACAGCCUGUAGAUGUCUUGAUUGGGGGACGAUAGUGAGAUGAAUUGGAGAGUGAUAGCCUUCGCUGUCAUCUGCAUGGUUGUCAUCGUUGAAGCCCGGAGAAGAAGCACAGGUCCGGUAAAAUGCAGCAACACUGAAGUAGCCGUCCGAGGAUGGCGCCGGCGAGAUCGCUUCUGCAGGCCUAUGCUUACCCGACCAUCACUUCGGUGGAGGCGCCGGAAGUGCAUCUGCAAGAUGGGCUACGUGCGAAACGCCUGGAAUCAGUGCGUUCCCCGUAGCGAGUGCAACAGAUGCAAGCUAUAUAGGCGCAUGGACUACAACCUUUGCGAAACCGCAUGUCCGCUGACGUGCGGUUAUCCAAUCCCGACGUUCUGUCCAAUGCAGUGCGUGAAGGGGUGUGCCUGCCCUCCUGGAUACGUAAUCGAUCCGAGGAGUGGGACGAAGUCGUGCAUAUCAGCCAGGUGGUGCCCUCCCAGGUGCCCACCGAACUCUCGUUUCCGCCUUUGCGUAUCGACCUGCGAACCAAGAUGCGACACGCCGAGACCGAGGAAGUGUUUCAAACGUUGCUACGGGGGCGACUGCGUCUGCAAGUGGCGCUACGCUAAACUGUUCCAGCAUGGCCAGAUGCACUGCGUGCGCAGAAGAGAUUGCCCCAGUCGCUACAAGCAGCUGUACGGGAACUAUUACUGGAGCCUCCUUGGAAACGGCACAUUCUAGAGUUAGUUCCUAGGUAUCAGGAUCGCCGAUGAAAAGCUCCAAGGAAACCGAAUGCAGAAUCAAGCUGAGAAGCCCGAGGGAGAAUAGAAUCAAUUAGCUCACAAAACAGCCCACGCAUUCUAUGUGCGGUAGGCUUAAGCAGUUUAAAUUAGCAUACAAAACAGAACAAAAAAUGCACCCUCUGGUUGUCGUCACUUUUGAGCCCUUCCUUGUCAACACACAUUUUCGAUUGUAUUUGGGGAGUGUUCCUAAGGUCCAGGUACUUUUGUGUUAUUAUAAGCGUUUUAAAACUUCUAUGUUGUAAGCAUGGAAACUAUAGCCCAGUGGUAAUCCUGCCAAAACGUCUUUAUCUCCGAAACAUUAAAGAUUCACAAAAAAACGGAUAUGCGACACUGCAUGCUGGGCACUGAAAGCGCACACUUUGGAUUGGUGUCCCUUAUACUUGGUUUAUGAUUUCUCGUUGCUGUGAAGAUCACGAGAUGAGAACAACAAAAUGAAUACAAGGCAAGUCGCGUGCAAUACUCCGUGUAGCCUCUGCCUCGUCCUCGUCUGGUCGUCAUUAGGGCAACAGAAAACCAUGAAUCACCACAACUAGCCCAAUACACUACUCUGCUAAACUUGCUUCGACCUUGGUAGUGUGCUAUAGACAGCGAAUGGCCGAAAGCUCGCUUGUACUUUUUCAAAUAAAGAUGGAGUAGAUACGGCAUGCAAUAUCGCACAUUACUGGUGAUUAAUAGCGCAGUGUAUAUUGGGGCUAGCCUUUGACACUUUAAUACACCAAGUGUCCAGCACGGCCCUGUUUCUUCUUUAGAGGAACUUCAAGUCGUCUCCAGUGAGACACACGAAGUUCAAAGCGGGGAAAAGUUUCAACAUGCGCCCUCUACAGCACUACAACUCUUCCUGGUAGCUAUAACUUGCGAAAUAAAUACUUGACUUUUACGUUGUACAUUU